UAUAUAUCUCCUUUGGUCAUCAUUAACGUAAAUUCCUCUAAAAAUUCAAAAGUUAUUAUGUUUCCUCCUGUAAUCAAACAGACUUCGAUUCUUGCAGUUUUGAGUUUUAGAUUGAAGGUGAAAAGAAAAGAAAAGAUGAGCUGAUUAAUUGUAAUUAUAAUGAUGAAGAAAGUAACGAGAAUGGUAGGAAACUAUGAAGUUGGCCGUACAAUUGGCGAAGGAAACUUCGCCAAGGUCAAAUUUGCUCAAAAUAGAGAAACUGGAGAGAGCGUAGCCAUGAACAUUUUCGCUAAAUCAACCAUUCUCAAGCACAAAUUGGUUGAUCAGAUAAAAAGAGAGAUAUCAAUCAUGAAGAUUGUGAGGCAUCCUAACAUAGUUAGGCUGCAUGAGGUUUUGUCGAGCCGGACGAAGAUAUACAUAAUUCUUGAGUUUGUUACUGGAGGAGAUUUAUUUGAUAAAAUUGUUCAUCAAGGAAGACUUUCCGAAAAUGAAUCGAGGCGGUAUUUUCAGCAGCUUAUAGAUGCUGUUGCUCACUGUCACCGGAAGGGUGUGUACCACAGAGACCUGAAGCCUGAAAACCUCCUUCUUGAUGCUUUUGGGAAUUUGAAGGUUUCAGACUUUGGAUUGAGCGCGUUGCGCCAGAAAGGGUUUGGACUUCUUCAUACAACGUGUGGAACCCCAAAUUAUGUUGCACCUGAGGUACUUGGUCACCAGGGUUAUGAUGGAGCUGCUGCUGAUGUGUGGUCAUGUGGAGUCAUCCUCUUUGUUCUAAUGGCUGGAUAUCUUCCAUUUGAGGAGAUAGACCUUCCAACCUUGUGCCGAAAGAUAAAUGCUGAGAAGUAUUCUUGUCCAUUUUGGUUUUCUCCUGUGGCAAAAGCAUUGAUAGAUAAGAUACUCGAUCCCAAUCCAAAAACUCGUAUAGGGAUUGAGGGAAUUAAAAAACAUCCAUGGUUUCAGAAAAACUAUGAGCCUGUUGGACAUAGGGAAGACGAGGAAGUGAAUUUGGAUGAUGUUCAUGCUGAUGACAUCGAGGAUCAUUAUGUAGCAGAGCAAUUGGAGAACAGUGAGGGCGGUCCUGUGGUAAUGAAUGCAUUUGAGAUGAUUGCCCUAUCUCAAGGGCUGAAUCUAUCAGCAUUGUUCGAUAGACAUCAGGAUUAUGUAAAACAACAAACUCGUUUUGUAUCCCGCAAACCAGCAAAAGUUAUAAUUUCAGCAUUUGAAGCUGUUGCGGAAUCAAUGAAUCUCAAGUUCCAUACACGUAAUUACAAGACAAGACUCGAAAGAAUAUCUGAAAAUAAGGCUGGACAUCUUGCAGUUGUUCUGGAGGUUUAUGAAGUUGCUCCAUCUCUUUUCAUGGUAGAUGCACGGAAGGCAUCUGGGGAAACUCUUGAAUAUCACAAGUUCUACAAGAACUUCUGCGCUCAGCUAGAAAAUAUCAUCUUGAAAUCUCCAUAAGGGUGCAAAAAUUCCAGCCUGCUUCAUACAAUGACUUCCUGAUCCAGUUUUUUGGGUGCGAAGCAUAUCAUUGACCGGUAGUGCAAAAAAGAAGAUAUUCUUCCCGACAAGAAUUUCUAGAAAUAGGCAUUGAUGGCAUGGCAAUGUACUUGUUUCCGGUUCAUACAUUAUAGUGCUUGUAUAUUAUAGUUCAUUAGCUGCUGUGAUAUCUGUUGUAUUGUAGAACUUGAGAGUUUGAGUUUCUUUUUAACUAGGGAUGACAAUGGAGUUAUCAUGGUUUUUGUUAUGGAAAUUUAGAUGUUUAUAUCUUAUCUACUA